GUUCCCGUCCGCCUCUGCGCCGCUGGGAUUCCACUCCUUAUGCCAUGUCUACCCAGGCGCAGCCGUCCUCUCCCUUUUCCCGUCUAUCCCGUCUCGCAUUCCCGUUCAGACCAACCACUUCAUCUCCGCUCUCUCCAAAUGCUCAAACUGAAGACUGGUACAUCCCCUACAACGGCCCCUACGAGCCCCCGAGGGACGAGCGCAACACCGACAGCUGGGGCCACCUCGUCAGCGGGUGGCUCAUGGAGAGCGACGGCGGCAGGACUGGACACGCGCCCGGACAACUCCCGCCACGGAUCAGGGCCAUGUCGAACGCAUCGCGGAUGACAGCAGACGAGCACGACCGCAAGAGCCUACGCGCCCAGGUGGCGGGUACCAGGCCCGACGCCGCGGGGGGUAUCGGGGAUGUGCCCGUGCCUGCGCGGCCGCGGCGGUCGCAGGAAGCCCCCAUCCAGCACCGCGCGAGCUUCGCAAGCAUCCUCUCGUUCGGCAAGCACAAGACCGCCGCCGCCGCGUCGCAGCGGCAGCUGCACCACUCAUCGUCCACGGGUACGUUGAGGGGUCGGGAGAGGGACGACGCCCCUGCGCACUCGAUGCCGUACACACAACAAGGUCAGGAUGCCAUAGGGAGACAGGAAGGAUCAUCAGCUUCGCAUUCCCAGUCUCAGGCCCUGCAUCCUUCUGGCGGCGGGACUGCCUCAGGCUUCUCCAUCCGUCUCCAUCCCUAUGCCUACGCGACGCCUGCUCCCCUCGCUUCUCAGGUCUUGACUUCCAGUCCUGCCGCCAUAUCUCCUCGAGGAAAGACCACAAAAUUUAGCGUUCAGCUGCUGGACCCGCACAAGCCGACCGCACCGGCGUACCUCCUCCCCGCCAGUCGACCUUCAAGACUAAGCCUGAAGGCCUCCAUGUCCACCCCUAAUCUGCGUGCAGCGACAGGGACAGGCUCUGUGCUCUCCAAAGGCAAACAACGAUGGCUCUCAGCUGAGACGUGGUGCGACGCCCUGAUCCUUCCACGGCCAAGGUUUACGUUGAAGAUGAUUGACGGGGAGGGAGGGAGUGGUCGUGUCGUGAGUCCCCCUCCGAGUCCGAUGUGGUUGCCAGGCACAGAGCCUACGCCGGGGAGGACCCCCACGGCACCACCCAAAUCGCUGAAGAAGUCGCACUCGGCCAUCCAGCUCAGCUCUCGUCCCCCGCCACCCUCUCCACUCCGCGCACCGCCGCCCAUCAGGAAAGAGCCGCCGCGAGGCGGGCCUUCGACUGCGCCACAAGCACAACCAGUUCCGCCCCCACCCCCGUCUACAUCGAAUAAGAAGGACACACACCUGAAGCCGUACCGUCCAAAGAGUUGGGCUCUCGACGACCUGGCACUCCCCAGCCCAGUGCCGUCCCUAUCCAAGGUCCUCGAGGAGGGUCGCCAGCUCGAGGAGGACCGGAAGGCAUGGCAGCUGAAGGCCGUCAAGUCGCUCGACCGGCGCGCAGGCACGAUCUCGCGUGCCCGCUCAAAGUCCAUCGGAUCGCGGGCGGCGCCGCACGCCAAGCAUCCGAGCGCGUUCGAUAGCUUAACGGAAGCGACGUUGCUCGGGAGCCAAAGGCGGCGUCCGACCGUGCAUGUGCGCGUCAAACCCCCACGGUCGGAUGGGCAUGGGUCAUCGAGCGGGGUCGGGACUAACACUAUCACCGGAACUGGGACGGGCACUGCGUUGGGGACAUACACAUCGGCGUCCUAUGCGCAGACGAAGUCGCGCUCGCACCAUGGCCACUCCAACUCGCUGGGCACUAUCUCUCAGACGCGCUCGGAGGAGUCCUUCUUGUGGACUCCCGGACAUGGCCGGAAUCGCUCUUUAGGCAAGUCUGCUCUCAAUAUCGUGCGUGCAACCGCGACAACGGCUGCAGGACUGUGCGGCGUCAACGGGUCCGAGAACGAUGACGCGAAGGGGAAGGGCCGCCCACCGCUGAAUGACAAGGCGGCGGCGAUGGAGGAGGCGCUUCGGCACGAUGGUACCAAGGUCAUUCAUCUUCGCGACCAGGUUGCGCGAGAGAAGGUUCAAUACGACGGUGGUAUCGUCGUCAUUACGCCUCCGCCAGACUCGAACAAUACACAUACAACAUUCUCCAGUCGACUCGGUCCAGGAGGUGCUAAUGGGGCCUCUCCCACGCCUUCUGGUAUGUCUACGUCUGCGGAGGGCGUGGGUAUUGCCAUCUCCACGCCACAACGCACGCCACCCGCUCAGGAGACUUUCGAGAAGGAACCUAUCAGGAUACCUGCACAUCCCUACGCUCAGGGAAGCGGUUCGCAUCCGUACUACCAGCGUGCAGUGGGUAGGGCUCCGAUCCAGACGAACGUGCGUGCAGCUCAGUACGAAGGUGCAUCACCGAGUCCCACAGGCUCCGCCGCCGAUGACAGCAUCACGAAGCACCGCCAGCCCGUCAAGGUCCACCCGUACUCCCCAUACACACAGGUCCAACAUCCAUUCGCCGCCGUCACAGGCACCGACCCCGGCCACAGUGCGCAGCCCACUACCGCUGGUAAGCAGCAGCCGAGCAGAAACCCGGAGAGUCGUUCGCCGCAGUCGAGCAUGUUCGCAGAGCUUAGCCCUGGCACGAUUCGGGAAAUCAUGCCCGACGAGAUCCAGUACUCCCCCUUUAUCUCCACCCCUCCUGUCCGGCUCACCGAAUUCGCUACUGCUUCCGGAGCGCUCACCGCGCAUCCGUAUGGGCCACCAUCGAAACGCACUAGUGAAUGGGGUUUCGCAGAUGCCCUCAACUACACGAUGACACGGAGAGCCAGCGAGGACAGCGGGCUCGGGACGAGCGAGGCGCACGACAUGCCUCCCAUACCAAGGGUCCCUUCGCGUGAGGACGAGCCAGAGCGUCUGGCGUUCAAGGAUGUACUGGACGACUCUGACGAACUCGUUAUUAGCCCUGAUCAGGAGGACAUCGGGGAGGAGGAUAUCCGUCCUGACGAGGCUUUUGGCUCUAGCAGCCGUCCACGAAUGGCUCGUGAGCGUACCGGAGUGUCUUCGCAGUCCAACCACACGCUCGCUUCGUCUCCUAUGGAACAUGUUAACCCGCUGUUGUUCCGGCGCAAGGAUAAUUCCACGGGCGAGCGGAGCUUCAAUUCGACCCGCUCAUCACCUGGCGUUGUCUCGGCACAGUCCUCGCCGCCGCUGUCCCCGCACCUAUUCCAAAGUAAUGAUCUGCAGGAGUUCAAGGACUUGUUUUACAAGCCCGAGAGCGGGACGCCAUCCGACGAGCGCCCGCCAAUCUCGCGUAACGAGAGCGGCAGCAUUCAGAUCGAGCUCAACUCGCGCAGUACGCGCAGCUUGAGUGGCCUUACGAAUCUUGCCCGCCAACUCAGUGUGAACAUCGGAGAGAUGCAGGACGACGAGGCCGCCUUGGAAGAGAUCGACCGGGUUUCACCGAUGUGGGGAACGCGGUACGGUGGACUGGCAGGAGUCCGUCCAGACGACCUUGGGCCUGAGCCGCCAGAGGUGCUCUCGCAGUCGUCGUCGCGCUCAGGAUACCGACGCGAUGAUAUGCAGUCACCUCUGCGGCUGCCUCUCGAUGAAGAAAUGGUGCUCUCGCAGCCUAUGGAUGUCGUUCCUGCCGACGUCGAGUCUUCCCGCGCUUCCUCUAUGUUGGAGAUGCCGCUCGAGGACAACGCUUUCCUUAUGCGCGUCGGCGAGGUCGAAGCAGUCUCAACACCUUCCGUGUACGCACAGCCUCAGCGGUUCUCGACGCACCUCACCGAGAUGGACUACGACGACGCGCAGCUUAGCCCGAUGGAUACUCGUUCUCGGCGUGCCAUGUCUGGACGGUCCAGUCUCGGUGUCCCCCUCUCCUCUGACGCGACGCGCUCGAGCUUCAUGACGAAUACCUCGGGCAUGUCGCGUCUUUCCGACUUCCCAGCGCCACCUUCCCUUAUCACUGCCAGUCACCUAUCUAUACUUAACGCUUACUACGGGGAGCCUUCGCGCGACUCGCAAGUCGAGGAGCGGGAUGUCCCGCGCCCUGAGCUGGUGCGGGAAGCUAGCCAAGCGACUUUCGGCUCACGCCAGCAGAUGGGCGAGGCACUAUAGUGUCGCCUUAUCAAAUGUUACUACUGCGAGCGCCUGUCCUCGCGCGACAUUUACUGACAUUACUUGUAUUUUAGUCAGAUGCUUGGACGGCCGUGGUGUUAUGCUUCUCCCCUUUGCCCCCUCUUUGGCGACCUCUCUCCCAUUGUUGCCUCCACACGUCUGUCCUUUGAUCCUUUUUCCGGAUUGGAACGGAUAUCUAUAACCGACGUCCUCGACAUCAACCACCUGUAGAACGUCUCGCUCUCUCAAACUCUCAUACCAACACUCAAUUCUCACAAAUGCCUCGC